UGUAUGUAGCGCAGGCGGCUCUCACUGCUGCAGCGUCAGGGAAGAGCCGCCGAGAGAGGCUCUAGCAGCUCACACCACUUUGGGCAAACUUGCCGCUUUACUGCUUUUUUUUCCCCCUCUCCCCCUUCUGAUUAUUUGAUUUUCGCGAGUGGGAAGCCUCGCCGUUGCCAUUCAGCCCCGGCGAGCCCGAGCCGCCGUGCCGGGAGAGCGACUGCCCCGCACUGCUCGCGGACACACGCGAGGGGCUUCGCUGCACAACCGCCGGUUUCCCGCAGCCGAGGACCCCGCUGCCUGCUCGCCUUUCGUCUGCAAAUAGGACUCUGCUUUUUUAAAAUUUUAUAUUUUUUUUAAUCGCAUCAUCGCUCCCCCCAUUCCUCCCUCCCUCCCUGUCUUCCGCCUCUACGGAUGUAAUUGAGAAUCUGUGUGAAUUCACGUGGGGGAUCCAGUUACAGCUUGUUCCGCUCCGGGGAGAUUCAAUCAGAAUCGCCUUUUGGACACGCAUCCUGGUUACUAACCUUUGCACUGCAAGGAUCAAGUUCAGCUCCGGUCCUCGCAUUGGGACGGUCAGGGAAGCGGCGGGAGACUGCAAUCUCACUCGCGAGCCGCCCCGCGCCGCAGCCCCGCGCUGCCCGCAGCCCGGCGGCGCGGAUGCAGGUAAGGCGCCCGCCCGCCGACUGCGGCUGCACGAGCCCCAAACUUGGGACCGGCGGGUGCCCGGCGGAUGUGCCUCGCUCCAGCCCCGCACCGCUCCGGCUCCUGCGGGUUUUGUAGCGCUGCUUUGUGACUAAUGACCUUGCGCAGAGUUGUUCACAAAAAAAAAGAAAAAAAAAAUCCUCUCUGAACAUUUGAGGAAGAUGGAUCUGGGUGCUUGUCUGCCGAGCAAAGGGACUGCUCUGUAAUACCACGGCUCCUCUGCCGCCAAGUGCAUCACUGGGAUUUUGCAUUGUAUUUUCUAUUCUUUCAUUUUCUUUUUUCUUUUUUUUCCUUCCCUCCCCCUCUCCAUUGCUAAGAGGAUUUGUGGAGUUUUCCGGGCACGAGCCCUUUGAAUGAAGCGAUUCACAUUUUUCCAGCCACCCCCCCCUGCGUAUGCGGAGGGAGGGAGGGAGGCAGAGAAAAGCUUAAUGCCUCGGUCAUAAAGGGCUGGGAGAGAAAAGAGUGCGAUCUACUUAACUCGAGCGGCGAGGAAGACGACCUGGGGGGCUUCGGUUCGCACUCUGCAGCUCCGGCUUUUAUUGCAAACCUUGCAAAGUGAUUACAGUAAAAUCGGAGAGGAGGAGGAAAAGGAGGAGGAGGAGGAGGAGGAGGAAAAUCCUGUCCUAUCUGCCGAGAUGAAUCUUUAAACAGCAGCGCACGCUGUCCCGUGAACUGCGAGUGCCUCGCAACUGGGAGAGGAGCCGCCGCCAGGGCUCCGGCCACCGCUUGCACCGGCUCCGGGACCACAAGUUUGCAGCCGCGGGAGGCUUUUCUCGCCGCUCGCCCGCGUACCCGGUGGCCGCCCGGGGGAGUGUGCGGGGGGGGCGGGCGAGAGGGGGCUGGGGUGCAGAGAAGAUGAGGAAGAUGCGGACUCUCCUGGGUUGCAUGCGCUGCUGCUGCUGCUGCUGCUGCUUCCUGCUGCUCCUGCCUCCUCCGCUCUGGCUUAGCCUGGCCGCGGCCAAGCAGCUGCUGAGGUACCGGCUGGCCGAGGAGGGACCCGCCGACAUCCGCAUCGGCAACGUGGCCUCCGACCUGGGCAUCGUGACGGGCUCGGGCGAGGUGACGUUCAGCCUGGAGUCCGGCUCCGACUACCUGAAGAUCGACAACAUGACCGGGGAGCUGAGCACCACGGAGCGGCGCAUCGACCGCGAGAAGCUGCCGCAGUGCCAGAUGAUCUUUGACGAGAACGAGUGCUUCCUGGACUUUGAGGUCUCGGUGAUCGGCCCCUCACAGAGCUGGGUGGACCUCUUCGAGGGCCGGGUCAUCAUCCUGGACAUCAACGACAACACGCCCACCUUCCCGUCGCCCGUGCUCACCCUCACGGUGGAGGAGAACCGGCCCGUGGGGACGCUCUACCUGCUGCCCACCGCCACCGACCGCGACUUCGGCCGCAACGGCAUCGAGCGCUACGAGCUGCUGCAGGAGCCCGGCGGCGACGGGGGCAGGCGCGGCGGCGGCGGUGGGGCGGGCUCGGCCGCGGCGCCCGCCGACGGCGCCCUCUACCCCGGCGGCAGCAAGCGGCGGCAGGAGGCGGACGGCGCCGGGCGCAGCACCGUCUUCGAGCUGCAGGUGGCCGACACGGUGGACGGCGAGAAGCAGCCGCAGCUGAUCGUCAAGGGUGCGCUGGACCGUGAGCAGCGGGACUCCUAUGAGCUGAGCCUGCGGGUGCGGGACGGCGGCGAGCCGGCGCGCUCGUCCCAGGCCAUCCUGCGGGUGCUCAUCACCGACGUGAACGACAACAGCCCGCGCUUUGAGAAGAGCGUGUACGAGGCGGACCUGGCGGAGAACAGCAGCCCCGGGACGCCCAUCCUGCAGCUGCGGGCCACCGACCUGGACGUGGGGGUGAACGGGCAGAUCGAGUACGUCUUCGGGGCGGCCACCGAGUCGGUGCGGCGCCUGCUGCGGCUGGAUGAGACCUCGGGCUGGCUCAGCGUCCUGCACCGCAUUGACCGCGAGGAGGUCAACCAGCUCCGCUUCACCGUCAUGGCCCGCGACCGGGGCCAGCCGCCCAAGACCGACAAGGCCACGGUGGUGCUGAACAUCCGGGAUGAGAACGACAAUGUGCCCACCAUUGACAUCCGCAAGAUUGGGCGCAUCCCGCUGCGGGACGGCGUGGCCAGCGUGGCCGAGGAUGUGCUGGUGGACACGCCGGUGGCACUGGUGCAGGUGUCUGACCGCGACCAGGGCGAGAACGGUGUGGUGACCUGCACUGUGGUGGGGGACGUGCCCUUCCAGCUCAAGCCGGCCAGCGAGAGUGAGGGUGAGCCGCAGAACAAGCGCAAGUACUUCCUUCACACCUCUGCACCGCUCGACUAUGAGGCUGUCCGCGACUACCAUGUGGUGAUCGUGGCUGUGGACUCAGGCAGCCCCAGCCUGUCAAGCAACAACUCGCUGCUCGUGCGUGUUGGCGACACCAACGACAACCCACCUGUGUUCGGCCAGGCUGUGCUAGAGGUGUCCUUCCCCGAGAACAAUGUGCCAGGUGAGCGAGUGGCCACGGUGGUGGCCACAGAUGCGGACAGCGGCAAGAACGCUGAGAUCGCCUACUCUCUGGAGCCGUCGCCAUUGUCAGCUGAGACACUUGGCGGCCUCUUCAGCAUCGACCCCGACUCUGGGGAUGUGCUGGUGCAGGCCGUGCUGGAUCGUGAGCAGCGUGACACCUAUGAGUUCCAGGUGAUGGCCCGCGACAAGGGUGUGCCGGUGCUGCAGGGCUCCACCACUGUGGUGGUACGUGUGGCAGACCGCAAUGACAAUGAGCCGCGCUUCAUGCAAGAUGUCUUCACCUUCUAUGUGAAGGAGAACCUGCAACCCAACAGCCCUGUGGGCAUGGUGACUGUCAUGGAUGCUGACAAGGGCCGCAACGCUGAGCUCAGCCUGUCCAUCCAGGCUGGUGAGCAGGAUGGUGCAGCUGGCAUCUUCUCCAUUGAGAAUGACACGGGCACCAUCUACUCUACCAUGUCCUUCGACAGGGAGCAGCAAACCAGCUACACCUUCAGGGUGAAGGCGGUGGAUGGCGGAGAACCACCCCACUCAGCCACUGCCACUGUGUCCCUCUUCGUCAUGGAUGAGAAUGACAAUGCACCCACCGUCACCUUCCCCAGCAACAGUUCCUACACUGUGCUGCCACCCUCCAGCAACCUGCGCACUGUGGUGGCCACCGUGGUGGCCACUGACACUGAUGCUGGCCUCAACGCUGACCUCAACUACAGCAUUGUAGGUGGCAACCCCUUCAGGCUCUUUGAGAUCGACCCAGCCAGUGGUGUUGUGUCACUUGUGGGCAAGCUGGAGCCCAAGCACUAUGGCCUCCACCGUCUCGUGGUUCAGGUGAAUGACAGCGGUCAGCCACCCCAGGCCACCACCGCCUUGCUUCAUGUCUUUGUUAACGAGAGCCUCUCCAAUGCCACCGUGGUGGAGAGCCAGGUGGCCCGCAGCCUGCACACGCCCCUGGCCCAGGACAUUGCUGGUGACCCUAGCUAUGAGCUGAGCAAGCAGCGCCUCAGCAUAGUCAUCGGUGUUGUGGCUGGCAUCAUGACUGUCAUCCUGCUCAUCCUGGUGGUGGUCAUGGCCCGCUACUGCCGCUCCAAGGGCAAGCAUGGCUACGAGGCUGGCAAGAAGGACCACGAGGACUUCUUCACCCCACAGCAGCAUGACAAGGCCAAGAAGCCCAAGAAGGACAAGAAGGGAAAGAAGGGCAAGCAGCCUCUCUACAGCAGCAUCGUCACCGUUGAGGCCUCCAAGCCCAAUGGGCAGCGCUACGACAGUGUCAACGAGAAGCUCUCCGACAGCCCCAGCAUGGGCCGCUACCGCUCGGUCAAUGGUGGGCCAGGCAGCCCUGACCUGGCCCGGCAUUACAAAUCCAGCUCUCCACUGCCUACUGUCCAGCUGCACCCGCAGUCCCCCACCGCCGGGAAAAAGCACCAGGCUGUGCAGGAACUGCCCCCGGCCAACACUUUUGUGGGGGCAGGAGACAACAUCUCCAUCGGAUCGGACCACUGCUCCGAGUACAGCUGUCAAGCCAGUGGCAAGUACAGCAAGCAGCCAUUUCGUAGAGUGACGUUUUCUGUUGUGAGUCAGCCUCAGGACCCACAUCAAGGGUCAUUGCAGAGUUGCUAUGACAGCGGUCUGGAGGAGUCAGAAACACCAAGCAGUAAGAGUUCAUCAGGGCCAAGACUGGGUGCCCUUCCACUCCCAGAGGACAACUACGAAAGGACUACGCCGGAUGGCAGUGUUGGUGAGGCAGAGCAUAUGGAAAAUGAUUCAAGGCCUCUACCAGAUGUAGCCCUGACGGGGAAGUGUACCCGAGAGUGUGAUGAAUAUGGCCACUCUGAUUCCUGCUGGAUGCCAGUUCGCACUUCACCUGAAAGAAAGCAGAAGAGCCAGCCAAAACUCUCCACGUUCAUGCCUGUUGAUGAACGAGGCAGUCAGGAAAAGCUGGCCAAUGGAGAAGCCUCCCUCAUGGGUGAUCGCAACAGAAACCUCCUUAACAAAAAGUUGACCUCAUCCUAUGAGACCUUCAGUGCAGCUAGUUUCAGCAAAAACGAGGAAGCCAAUCCAGAGGAUAUUCCCCUCACACAGACAGGGGAAUACAAGCCAUCUCCUGUCAAUACCCUAACGAGAAGAGAAGUUUACCUGUAGGCUAAAAAGAAGCAACAACAAAGUUCUUUCAUGUAUAAGAAGGAAAAGGGGCAAAAAUCUUUAAAUCAAAACAGUCUAACUCAAACAAAUAAAGGGGAAUAAAAAAGAGGGGGCCACCAAAGAGACAAAAGAUUUGCCUGCCACUUCUGCCUCCACAGCGGGCAUUUAACUAUACUGUCUGCUUGACUAUACUAUACAAUGUAGAAACCAUUGUUGUUACUUGCAUGUCUAAUCCCCCUCACUGAUUUUUAUUUUCCUAAAUUUAUGUUUGCAAAUUCCUUUCAUGGUAACAAGUCUGAUUAAAAGACCACAACACACUGUUGUUACCCCUCUGCAGAAGCAUGAUUUAAGCCACUCGUAUUUUGUUUGAUUGUCAUCUGGCUUGUUAUGGAAAACAGGUCAGGAAAAAUAUAUUCCAGACAUAUCAUCUGAAUAUUGCUGAUCCCCAUCAGGGAUGAUCCUUCAGAAAUCAUACAUAUAUUGAGGUAAAUACAAAAGGAGAACCAUUAAUAGGCACUUUGUGAAGAUCACAGCUUUAAUAUUCUCACCUGGGGCUGGAAGCAGCAGAAAUAUAUUCAGCCUGAGACUGCAGUCCAAAACGUGGCAUAUUUCCCUAUGAAUCAUGAACUCUGGGUUCUGUUUUAUCUGUAGAAUGAACUUUCUCUCUCUUUUUCUCUCUCUCUUGUUCUAUCUGAAGGCUUACUGAAACAUAAGUAAUAUUAGUAUCAUAUGUACCAUAGCAUACUAAUGAUAAGCUGUUAAACUCGUGUUAUUUUGGACAAGACCAACAUCUAGCUGGGAUGAUCGUAAUAACUAAAAGGCCAAAGAUCACACAAUGGAUCAGGGGAAUUGCUAAGUAUUUGGGCUUGACUUAGAAACCUAAUGUACCCACAAAUGCACGCAUAUACACAAACACAUUCAGUUACAUUUUGCACAGCAGCAUAGUUCACAAGCCCAAAUGACAUCCUUCUUUUUCAAACGGAUUUUAGUUGAAUACCCAAAGGAACUGAAAUGAUGAUUUUGCUCAUUAUGACAUGAUAUGCUACAGCAGAUGUUGUAUGAUAUGAUACUACCAGUUCCAGGGAAUUUUAUUAGAGAGGUUAAAAUUAAAUAUACUUAUAUAUUUUUAAAGUGGAGGCUGUUUUUGUGAGACCCAGAAUAUGUUUUGGGAAUGGAAAGAAAAGGAGAGUGGUGGGAUGCAGUGGCAAGAGCUUAUUGCAAGUUAAGUACAAUGGUGUCUUCUCAAAGCGCAAGGAAUGCUUGCUAAAUCUUUUGUCAUCAGCAAUGCAGAUUACCAAUUGCUUUUGUCAAAUGUACAAUGCAGGUUUUCUUGAAACACAAGUGCAUUAAAGCUGAGUCCGGUGCAAUACAAAACCAAUGUCGAGACUCAAAAACAUUUAGGUCAGGUGACAAAUGGCCUGACUGACUUGAUCACUGACACGAUACAUUUAUAGUAGAUUGAGACAAGUCACAAGGUACCCAAACUAAGGAUGAUAGCUAAAUUCUAUGGGUUGUGACAGCUCUCACAACAUACACUUCUUAAAAGGCAUAGGAAAUGAAUAAGAUUUUUUUGUGCAAUAAAAAGCGACAAAGUGUGCAACAUUUGAGCAGGUCGCUUUGUAGCUGAUGAUGUAGUAAUAAUUAAAAGCUGAGCUUGGACAUUCAGAUGAAACUGACAAUCGAUCAACACAGUGAGGAUAGCUUGAGAAAGGUGCAAACAUUCAAAUCCUUGGGUGUUUUUACCUGGCAUUAAGGCAUGGGUAGAAGGCUCUCUAGUAGAUUGUAGUCACAAUGUAGCUUUGGGUAGUUUCUUGCUUUGAAAAAUUACAUAGAUUACAAUGUUAAACAGCCUGAAAUAUAGGUUGAUAAAUCAAAACAACUCAUCACAACAUUCACUUUUCAAAUAUUCUUCUCCUCUGUAUAGUGGGGUGCCCUUUUUGGCCAUAAUAUUCUUCCCUUUCUUAAGUUUACUGUUCAUUUUACAGUUCAUUUCUGUAUAGCAGUUAUGAUGAAUGGGCACGUUAUGAAGAAAAUAUUAAAUCAAAGAUUAAUAAUGAUUGAACAUGGUUUAUGUUUAAUUAUUAUCUAAAUUAUGGAGAGAUGCAAACUAGUACUUUGUUAUGAGACUGCAUAGAGCAGUUAUUGCUUUGUAUAAUCUGUAAGUAUCUGUUAAGAAAAAAAUGCUUCUAAAGAUGCUUAUGUAAUGUAUACAUAUUUUCUUGCACGUUUCAACAGAAUACACAAUUGCAUAACACAGAUGUUCAACAAAACUUUUUAUUUAAUAAGAAUUUAUUUUACUUAAUACUACACUCAAAAUCACUAGAUAGCUUGUUUCAAUAUAUCUUUAAGCCCUUUUUUCUACAAAGCUAUUAAUAUGGGUCAUAGAAGACCUUCAGAUUAAAUGGAUCAGCAGUCACUCACCAAUUUUGCACCACAUAAAAGAUAGCCAUGCCAUUAAGUAAUUUACUUGUGUGCAUCUCCUUAGAAAUAAAAUGGGUGUGAAAGAAUUAAAAAAAAAUCAAUGUACUGUAAGUAUUCACAGUAAUUCUAGUAGAACUAGCCAUCAUAACAUGUUGAUUAUUCUUAUGACCUGGCAUGACACAGAAUAUAUUUUGUGUUCGUAUUUUUUUUUAAAUUUGAAAUAGGUUAAAUCUGGUGCCACUUCAUAUAUAGAGUGCUUUUGUAAAAAAAAUACAUAAAUAAAAUAAAGCUAAAUAAAAUGAAAAAAAAAUUAGGGUGAAUGCAAAAUAUGCAACUGUGCCUUUUAUACCCGUUGUUAUGAAAAAAUGGUGUUGGGUUUGAACACUGAGGGGAAAUGGGCUAUUCCCAACUUUUUUGAAUCUGUAUAUUUACCCUUGUUUAUUUUCUGAGAAAUUAUAAAUAAUAUAUUUAAAAACAAGCUUUCUGUCAAACUCAGAUAAUGGACCAGUCUUAUCUUUCAUUAUUAAUAUAAGCUUGUGGUUUAGGUAUAUACUCUGUCCUUCCUUCCUUCCUUCCUUUUCUUUUGUUGCCUCGAAGGCUAUGAUAAGGCGAAUAGCAUACUUUUGUUAGAAUCUGUCAUCAGUUCAUUUUACCAGGGAAUUGUUUUUUGGGAUUUUUUAAAAUUGCUUUUAGCUGCCAUUCCAUUUGGUUGGACAAUAUAAGAAUCAUCCUGCUUUUUCCUUUCCUUCCAUGGGGAUCUAAAAUGAACUUUGCAUGUAUUUUACAUUAGGACACACUUAUAUACCUUUGUAUAUAUUAGAAAAGUCAAUAUCUUCAGUCUAAGAUCUAAGGCUCAUUCUGAUUCUCCAGAUCUACUAUAUUUAUUCAAUAUGGUUUCUGACUGGCCUGCUGCCUGAGUUUCAGGAAAACAACAAAAAAUGCAAAAAAACCAAAAAAAAGAAAAACCACAAAAAAAAAACAACAAAAACAACAAAAAAGAAAGGUAGACAUUAUUUUUGUGUGGGGAAGAGCUAAAAUGGGAGCAAAGACACUUGGCUGAAAGGCUACCCUAGGAAGUUGUCAGUUAGAGAAAGGCCAAAUGAAAUUGCCACAAAUAUAGUUAGCACUGAAAGACUUCUAAGGAUCUUGAACAAAAAAACAGGUAUACUUAUGUUGUAUUGGUGACACACAGUUUUUUUUUUUUAAGAAAUGAAAGAGAGGAGAUGAAUGACAUAAGAGAUGAAAAUGGUUUAGCAAUUCAGUUGUGUUGCUGCCCGAGGAGUGAAACACUUGGAAGAAGGCAUCAUUCCUAGCUACCUAGGGUAUACUUUCAGACAACUUUUUUCCUAAAUUUUAAAGCACUUGCAUUCAGUGUGGUACGAUCUGUUUGUAAUAUUAAUCAUUGACUAUUGUUCUGCAACUUGGAUGUUGAUAGUGAAGCAGAGAACAAUUUAUCAUUGUUUAUUAUGAGUCACUAUGCACGCAACUAUGCUAAACAUGGCAAAAUGUAUUAAACGCUAGUCCACCUCUAUUUAUGAAAUAUUUACAUAAUUUAAUUUGCUUUUGUACAGUUUUAUGUAAAUAAAUUGCUUGUCAUUUUUGUCUCUGCAAAUUAAAAUAUAACAUGUUCAAAUGGUU